AUGGAGCCCGGUGUCCACCCCCAACCCCACCCGAACGCUUCCUUCUAUUCCCCCUACUCGCAGUCGACGUCUUCGUCGCAGCAGUACCCGCAGAUCCGCACAGACACAACCAUGGUGUCAUCCAUCAACAGUUCCUGCGCCGCAGAUCUGGGAAGCAAGUCCGCCUCGGCAGCUGUCGCUCCAUCGCGCAGUGGGUCGUUAUAUGGGGGCCUGCGCAUUGCCACUCCGCACUCGCCGGUAACAGGGACCGUCCAUCAACCGACUCCCACUCAGGCGCAGCAGAGCCACACACCACACCAGCGCACCUCCCCUAAGGGCAUGCCCUCGCAGCAUCGCUUCGCCAUGUGGAAUACCAGCAUGACCUGCUCCUCGUCUGAAGACGCCGGCAAUCUGGGCUUGCACCGAUCCUUCAGCACCCCGAACGAGGCCCACGGAAGUCAGCACCAGAAUUCUCAUGGACAGCAUCCGCAGCAGCACCGCCAAACCAAGGCGCUUCCGCCGUCGUUUGAACGACCCAGCAGCGAGCUCAUGGACACCGUCUCGCGCAGCCUCAACACACACAACGACCCUGAGCUGGAGGGACUUCCGCCAAUGCGCCCUGACGACGAGGACGAGGACGAGGACGAGAUGGAAGGACACCCCGGCGGGGUGGUGAAAGCGGCUGGACACGCCACCACACUCUAUUCAAAGGGCUUUCUGAUUGCCACCACCUCUUCCAUCAAGGACUCGCCGGUGUCAUGCGGCGAUGGCGGUGACAAUACAUGCAUUCUGCGGCACUUGCACGACGGGGAGGAGCAACAGCCGCCACGCGAUGACGGCGAGGCAAGUGUCAGCCAGACGAGUCAGUCGCGCGGCCCUACGGCGAGCAGUUCCACGGUCAUCUCUCAUCGCCUGCUGACGGUGGAGGAGAUCAACGAGCGGCGUCGUGCGUCGUGGGUGGCAAGCCACUCUGUAUCACAGGUCCAGUCCGCUGUGGCCUGCCCGGCCCCUGGCGACGAUGCCAGAAGUGAGAAAAGGCCAGGGGACCCACUGAAAAGUGCUCACAGCACCAACAACCUCAGCACCGAAAGCGGCAUCAGCAAAGACAGUCGACCAGCCCACCGACAGCUAACCAAGGAAGAGGCCGACCAGCUUUUUGCUCAGUGCCAGCAACAGCGGGCUGCAGCGGCAGCGAAAAACAUAACUGCGCCGCCGCAGCAACAACAACACGGGCUGUCAUCAUCACUGGCGAAUGCCGCUAACAACAGUAACCAAUCUGGGGUCAUACACUCGUCGGCUUCGGACAGCACUAAACCCUGGCUCCUCUCUGGCGAUGACUCGAGGGCGCACUGCUUCCAUCCAGCACCCGCAUUUAGGCCGCCAGUGACCAGCGCCAACACCGUGGGCAGUGGUGGCAACACAGCGACGAAGCCCAUGACGUUCGAGUGGCUGCGAGGCACCAGUGGCGGUGGUGGUGCCAGUGGCACGGGCUUCUUCGCAGAGUCGACGGUUCAUCCAUGGCCUGGCGUAAAUGCGUGGCGCGACAGCAAUGUGGCUGGUAGCAGCAGUACCGUCAACAUCAGCGCCGCCAUGGCUUCAUUUUUUGGUACGACAGGAGUCCCUGCAGGAGAUGCUGGCUCUAGCGGUGACUUCAAAGUCUCUAUGGGCACCCUGGCAGGAGCAAGCCAGGCACCUCCAGGUGCCUCCACCAGCGGCUUUGCAUGGCUACCCAACACCUUGAGCUGGACCCCACAGAACCAACAGCAGGCGCAGCACCAACGGACGGUUUUCUCCUUCGUCCCUUCUGCACCACCGCAAGUGGGUCCCGUCAGCGGCGCUACCAACGCCGCCACCUGGGGUUACAGUCCCAUAGCAGUGGGCCUCUCUGGUAGCGGCCUGCCCAGUAGCUCGCAUGUCUAUCUUCCUUCUCUUCCGACGGCAGCGGGACUACAGGGGCUGUCGCAGGAGCGAAUCGAAGAGUGCAUCCAUCACUGUGAUGCGCAGCUGGUGCAACUCCGGCAAGAGCGGGAGCAGCUGCUGCAAGAGCUGCAGAGACGCCUGUAUGCUGCGGCAGACGGCGAACAACAGCAGCGGUUGCAGCAACAGCAACACAAGCACACCCAUUCUGCGAGUUGGCCCGGCUCACUCGGCCCCAACGCCGCCACAAUUUCAAACUCUAUCGUGGACAUAGCUACAGCCAGGCCAGCAAUCCCGCCACGCGGAGCCGUGACUGCGGGGGCGAGGGCCAUCGGUGGCUGUGGCAGCACGUUUGGGCAGGGCCCUCUUUGGAACUGCUUUGGUGAUCUCGUCGUGGACAGGAAUGUCAUGACGAACGCCUUCCCGCGCGGCCCCGGCGACACACGUGAGCCCCCAGGCCUGUGCGUGGACCCCAUCAUGGAGGUGGAUAGCGAGGAAUGGCUGGGACGUACCCCAACAGCGGCAGCUGACCAUCGGCAGCUGAGCAGCAGCGGCAGCGCGACGACAGGGGGACCAGCUCACCAGGCGGCAGCUGGCAGCCGCUUCACCGGUGAGCGCCCUGGCGGUCUUUGCCGUCGCCGUGCAGAGGCUGGAAGCCAACGCAACAGCAGCGGUGGCAACAGCAAAAAUGGGGUGUCCUCCUUGGCCGGUGUUGAGGCAACAAAGUCCAGCGCAGGAGGUGGUGGGCACAGCACCAACCGCUGCAGCCAUGACAACACACCUCAGGAGCAGAAGUAUCUGCAGACGGACCCCUUCAGCAUGUACAAGCACAACAAGAAGCUUGCCACUACCGGUGGCGUGGCGGCACCGAUCAGCAGCAAGGCUUCUGCGGCACAAUAA